AUGGAUGUAUCUCGAAAAUCGAUAGCACGGGGUGUAGUUGUGGAGACAGUUUCUCCAACAGAACUAUUACAAGUCUUGAACGGUGCUUGCUCUCCGGACCAAGCUCAAAUCAUGGCAUCUGGAGAUCGUCUCAAACAAAUGUUGGAUAUGUUUGGAAUUUUUGAUUCGUUGCAAGACGUUGCGACUCGGAGGGAACUUCCCUUGCCCAUCCGACAGCAGGCCAUCAUCCAAUUUACCAGGGCGGCGCCAAAUCAUUGGAAGUCAAGAAAACUCCUUUCAGAUGAUCAGAGGAUUCGCAUUCGGAGACGUUCUAUGGUCUUUCUGGAUGAGGAGGAUGACUCGAUCGCCAACUUCAAUAAACUCUCAGUAUCCAAAAUUUCCCGCCAAGACUACCCAAAUAAUUGGCCCACCCUUUUAAAUGAUUUGCUCAAUGUGAUUGAUUCCAACCUGCAGAAGCGUUAUAAUUCAAUUCUUGAAGAUCUUCGGGAUACCUUGGUUCUGCGCAGGAGUCUUCAGCUUCUAAAUGCCAUUUUAAAAGAAUUUGCCAGUAUGAAAAUGUUGAAUGGUAUCAAGACAAUGGGCAAUAUCGUUGAACAACUCCGAUUUGUUCUCUACGGUUAUUAUUCCAGGAUGGCCUCAACCUUCACGGCGACGACUCUGACACCACAAACAAUUGACUCACAACGGAUAUUUGACGAUAUUCUAUUGUCUCACUUGGUUUACAAAUGUAUCGUCAAAAUGGCGGUCUGGAUUUGGAAUAGAAUGGACAAACUAUCCCUGGAAGAACGUCAAUCAUACCAGUCUUGGCUUGAAGAUUUGUUCCGAAACACUGCCGUGCAGAUCAAGUCUCUGACGGAACUACGUAAAACGAUUGUGAUCUCGUUGGGCGACGGUCUCCCAAACCUGUCUUCUCGAACAAUCAAAGCCUUAACAAAACAUAUCCGAUCUAUGGGAAAGUUUUUCCGACGUAUGCAACAGCUCUCGCACCAACGAUUUGUGCUCCUACCGACGUGCGGUGAUAUAAUUUUAUACCUAUGGUCGCAAGUGGUCGAAGCAACCAGUGGUCCGCAGGAACUCAUUGGAUAUUCCGAUGAGGUUGCCUAUCCACUCGUUUUUCUUGUGCAAGGGAUGGUCCUAUUCAAAGACAACCUUGCGCAGUGGUCUGAAAUGCGAAAGAGCGGCGUUCAGAAUAUCAAUAGUUUAUCACAGGAUUUUGUGGAGAACGCCGUUCGGCUUCUGGUCACUCGAUUUAUGCCCUUGAACUCGACGGAUUUAGAAAACUGGAUGGCUGAUCCCGAGGAGUGGGCAAAUUCAGAAGGUAAAGAGGACGAUCAAUGGGAGUUCGAAAUCAGACCAUGUAGCGAACGAGUCCUCGUACAACUUUCGAACCAAUUCCCCCGGUUUGUAGUUCCUUUACUCCAUACGACGUUUCAGCAAGUUGCUUCUCAACCUCCUACGGACUUAGCAUCUAUCGUUCAAAAGGAGGCUCUCUAUUGUGCUAUUGGCCGCUGCGCGAUCCGAAUGAAGGACGCCAUUCCCUUUGACGAGUGGCUAGAGCAUACUCUCGUCAUUGAAGCGAGAGAUACAAAUCCAAAUUAUCCAAUCAUCAAGCGACGCAUUGCCUGGCUUAUUGGAAAAUGGGUGUCCGAGUCUUGCACAAGCCCCAAUAACCCACAAAUAUGGGCUACGUUAGUGCACCUUCUCCAGGACCGCGGAGCAGGUUCUGACGCUGUUGUCCGCUUUACGGCGGCAACUGCUUUGCGGGAAUGUAUUGACACCAUAGACUUCUCUCCCAACGUCUUUGCGCCUUUUUUGCCCACCGCUACCUCAGAAUUGGUUAGGCUGAUUGGUGAAGCGGAGACCUUGGAGAGCAAACGAAGAGUUGAUACCACUCUUAACACUGUUAUAGAGCGAUCGGAUUCUCAUAUCAUCCCAUUUAUGGCCAUCAUCGCGGAACCUCUUCCACAUCUUUGGACAACAGCAGGAGAAGAUUGGCUAUUGAAAGGAUCCUUAUUAGUCACGGUCACAAAACUCGUCGAGGCAGUCAAAAGUGAAUCGACGACAUUGGGGGGUAUUGUGGUUCCUCUAAUUAGGGAGAGCCUAUCGCCUGAGGCAACGGCCCACCUCGAUGAAGAUGGUCUCGCUCUCUGGCUGAGUGCUCUCCGAAACACUCUUACAAUCUCGACGGUAAAUGGAGCUCCUGCUUUAAAGGACAUCUUUCCACGUGCUGUCACUUUGCUUGCCUCAAAUUUGGACCUGCUGGGCAAGAUUAUCAGCAUCAUUGAAUCCUACUUCCUACUAGAUGCGCCUGAUAUAUUGAAGUCACACGCAACAGAAUUGUUCCAAGCUUUUUUGGCUGCCUUGAAAAGCGAUGCAGUGACAUUGAAUAUGAAGGAUAUGAUCAUUUCUCUUAGUCUCCUCGUCCAGGUCUCUCCUCCGGCCUUGUGGGGUGAAGCUAUGCACACAUCAGGCCUUUUCAAUCACCUGCUGAUGAACCUUGUUGAAGGGGAAGGAAAUUCGCAGUUCCUUGCAGAGCACAUCUACCUUUUCUCGCGUAUGGUCAUGGCAGACCGUCAGCUAUUUUUGCAAUUGAUGUCCGCGGCCUCCGCCACUACUGGCCAGAAAGAGGCCUACUUGUACAACGGUUUACUCGAUCAAUGGUGGGGAAAGUUCGACAACAUGAGUGAAGCACGACAUCGCAAGCUUGUAGCUAUGGGGAUUGCAUCAUUGGUUUCAACAGGGAGACCCGAGGUGCUUGAGAGGCUGUCAGGGGAAAUAUUUAACAUCUGGCUUGACGUGUUUGGAGAGGUAAAGGAAGCCCUUGCUGAAGCAGAGGACAGCGAGUGGGUAGCCUCCCAUCCUGUUUCCAAACAAUUUCAUAAUUUCAUUCCAAGCGUGCCCUUGGCUUCGCCCACAAGCCUUCAACGCUAUUGGGAAUUAGACGAACCUUCAAGUGCAUAUUUUCAAGGAUCCGAGGGUACUCCGGAGUACGAGCGUCGCAAAGUGAUAUACGAGUGUGACCCAAUACGUACAACCCAGCUCAACGCCUACGUCUCUGCACAUUUGAGAGAGGCGGAGGGAAUCUGCGGACCCGGACUUUUCGAAAGUUUCCUGAAAACCACAGAUCCGACGGUAUUGAAGCAAAUCCAAGAUGCGCUUCUUCAAACAUGA